UAAUCUUUAUCAUACAUCCAGUAAGUGUGUUGUUUUCAUACAUUCAUAUGUAACUAAUUUAAUGAUGGACAUGUUUUGUGUGUUGUUCAUUCCGCUGCACCAGAGACUCACAUUACCUUGCAGCUAACGUGGAUUGCUAAGAGGACCCCGAGCUGCUGGCUGCCAACAUGCCUGUCUGUAAAGCGCUGUGUAGUAGCGCAGGGUGUCCACGGGGUGGCGCUGCGUUGCACCAGAGAAGACGACUUCAGUGUGACAGCUGUUGUGUUCACACUGCAGCAUAUCUCGCUUUCACCUGCUCCGCUGAUUCCAUGAUCUGAUGCGCUCCUGUGGCGCGCGCCUGGAGAGCCGUGCGCGUGCCACGCGCUGCUGAAGGUGCCAUGAAAUGAAGAAAAGUCCGCUGCGGUGGGGAAGAGCGGUGUUUGUAAGAGCGCGUAUGGGAACAGAGGAGGAAUCGGAUUCCGAGCGCACUCGACUACGAUGGCCAGAAACACAUCUCUUUAUUUUCGCAUUGUCGAGGGCAGGAACCUCCCGGCCAAAGACGUCUCUGGAACCAGUGAUCCAUACUGCAUUGUAAAAGUCGACAAUGAAGUUGUGGCCAGGACGGCCACAGUGUGGAAGAACCUCAAUCCUUUCUGGGGUGAAGAAUACACACUGCACCUGCCCAUGGGUUUCCAUUCUCUGUCCUUUCACGUCAUCGACGAAGACACCAUCGGCCACGACGACGUCAUUGGAAAGAUCACUCUGAGCAAAGAUGCCAUCAGAUCUCAAGCCAAAGGUGUGGACAGCUGGCUGAACCUGACGCGGGUCGACCCGGACGAAGAGGUCCAGGGGGAGAUCCACCUGAGUCUGGAGCUGCUGAAAGACACAGACAAGAUCAGUCUGCGGUGUCAGGUCAUCGAAGCCAGAGACUUGGCUCCGAGAGACAUCUCCGGGACCUCUGAUCCGUUUGCAAGGGUUAUUUUUAACAACCACAGUGCCGAGACUUUGAUCAUCAAGAAAACCCGUUUCCCUCACUGGGGAGAGACACUGGAGCUGGAGCUGGAUCCGGAGGAACUGAGUGAGGAAGGGAACGUCACUGUGGAGGUCUGGGACUGGGACAUGGUCGGCAAGAACGACUUUCUGGGCAAGGUGGAGAUACCCUCUGCCUGUCUGCACAAGACGCCUCUGUUGGAGGGCUGGUUUCGUUUGCUGCCCCUGGGAAACAACGACGUCGAUGCCGGCGGGAAACUGGGGGCGCUGCGUCUGAAGGUGCGUUUGGUGGAGGAUCGGAUUCUUCCGUCUGUUUACUACCAGCCUCUCAUUGACCUCCUGGUGGAGUCCGUCAUCUCCCCCGCGGAGGUGGAGGACAGCAGCGCUCUCACCAUGCUGGAGGACGUGACGACGGUCGAGAGCCGCCAAGACGUGGCGAUGACUCUGGUGAAGAUCUACCUGGGCCAAGGCCUGGUGGUGCCCUUCCUGGAUUACCUGAACACUCGCGAGGUCAACCACACCACUGAUCCCAACACUUUAUUCCGCUCUAACUCACUUGCCUCCAAAGCCAUGGAACAAUUCAUGAAGGCCGUCGGCAUGCUGUACCUGCACGAGGUGCUGAAGCCCAUCAUCAACCGCAUCUUCGAUGAGAAGAAGUACAUCGAGCUGGACCCGUGUAAGAUCGACCUGAACCGCACGAGACGAAUUUCCUUCAAAGGCGCCGUGUCAGAGGCGGAGGUCCGGGACAGCAGCGUGGAAAUGCUCCAAAGCUACUUGACCAGCAUCAUCGAGUCCAUCGUGGGCUCAGUGGACCAGUGUCCUGCCGUCAUGAGGGUGGCCUUCAAACAGCUGCACAAGAGAGUGGAGGAGCAAUUUGCCGAACCUGAGAACGAGGACGUGAAAUAUCUGGCCAUCAGUGGAUUCUUCUUCCUGCGCUUCUUCGCUCCGGCGAUCCUCACGCCGAAGCUGUUCCAGCUGAGAGACCAGCACGCCGACACUCGCACCAGCAGAACACUGUUACUGCUCGCCAAGGCGCUGCAGAGCGUCGGGAACCUGGGCCUUCAGCUGGGUCACGGGAAGGAGCAGUGGAUGGCGCCGCUCCAUCCCAUCAUCCUCCGCAGCGUGGCGUCCGUCAAGGACUUCCUCGACAAGUUGAUCGACAUAGAUCACGACAUCGUGUCGGAGGUUCCUCAGAGAGCCGUGUUCAUGCCCUCGGUGGCGGUGAAGGAGGGAUACCUGCACAAGCACAAGGCGGAGGGGCCGCAGCUGCUGUCGCGCUUCGCCUUCAAGAAGCGCUACUUCUGGCUGACGAGUGAGACGCUGUCCUAUGCCAAGACGCCUGAUUGGCAGGUGCGCUCCUCCAUCCCCGUCCAGUGUGUGUGUGCCGUGGAGAGGGUGGACGAAAAUGCCUUCCAGCAGCAGAACGUGAUGCAGGUCAUCACCCAGGACAACGACGGCCAGACCAACACCAUGUACAUGCAGUGCAAGAACGUGAACGAGCUGAACCAGUGGCUGUCGGCGAUCAGGAAGGUCAGCAUCUACAACGAGCGCAUGCUGCCCUCGUUCCACCCCGGCGCUCACCGCAGUGGCAAGUGGACCUGUUGCCUGCAAGCGGACCGCGCUGUUACAGGCUGCAGUAGAACCCACUCAGCGGUGACUCUGGGUGACUGGAGCGACCCGCUGGACCCUGACGUCGAGACGCAGACCAUUUACAAGCAGCUUUUCCAGGGCAGAGAUAAACUGAGGAAAAAAUAUCUGGAGCUGCCAGACGCGGAUGAGACGCUGAGGGAUAAAGAAAAGAUCUCUGACAUUCACCCUGACGGUGCAGAAUGCGACGCUCAGCGCCUGAAGCCGGGUCCGAGUGUCACCGCGCGGCUGCUGGCCGUCGUCGACGACCUGGAGCGGGCUCACGACACCUUCCAGCGCAGAGAGAAGCAGGAAGCCGCCGGUGUCAUUCUGAAUCCGUAGACUCACGUUUACUGAUGCGUGAGAGGAAGGGCGGGAGGGAGAGAGAGAGGGAGAGAGGGGGGUGCAUCAUGCACAGCUGAGCAUCAGAUAUUCACUUUCUUGUUGUGGAGUUGUAGAGAAAGAAAGAAGCCCCAGGAUUCAACCUCCUCCAGCCUUUUUUUGGUUCACUCUUUGGCACGCUGAACCUUUUUGUAAAUUCUCAGAGUGCCACACCGACUGAGAGAGAUUAAGACUUCGAAGCAUGAGCUGACUCCUGAGAAUUCUGUUGCCUGCAUCCACUUGUUGUGAAAUGUGAAAAGAAGCUUUUUAUAUUUUUUAAAUAUUGUACAGGACCAUCGGUCACACAUUUUUAUGCAAACUGCUUGUCGUAGUGCGAUCUACCUUAUUUGCUUUUGUUGACAUAUGUGUCUUUCUAUGGGCCAAUGUAUCAGCGUGGCUGCAAUGUAGCACUGACUGUAAUAUUUUAGGUCAUUCCGUCACAAGCUUAUAUGCCACACACACACACACACACACACAUCACUGCCUGUUCAGCGAGAAAAAACAUGUUAUGAUUGUUGCUUUGGUCCCUUUAUACAAAACAGUGUGCUUUUGUUUGGUGCUAUGGCCAGUCCACGUAAAUGUUCUGAUGUAAAUUGCAUAUUGUUGUCGCCAUUCCUAAAUAUGGAAGAGGAUUAGGGCCACGCAGGAAAAAAAUGUUUGAGUUCUGACUUUAAACUCAGAAUUUCUGACUUUAUUCUCAGGAUUUCUGACUUUAUUCUCAGAAUUUUUAAUUUAACGUCAGAAUUUCUGACUAAACUCAGAAUUCUGACUAUAUUCUCAGAAUUUUGAGUUUAUUGUCAGAAUUUCUGACUUUAUUCUCAGCACUCUAACUUUAAACUCAGAAUUUCUGACUUUAUUCUCAGCAUUCUAACUUUAAACUCAAAACUCAAGAACUGAGAACUCAAAUAUGUUUUCCUCUGUGGCCCCUAUAUGUCAUAUUAUGGGUAAUAUUUACCUGUUAACAAAAACAAUGCCCGUUCAUGUGGAGGAUUCAUAUAAAAAUAAAAUAGAAAUUACAAUUAUAUUAGGAGGUUUUCCUCGUUUUAGUGCCACUGCGUUUGACUUGUUUGAGAUGCCAAAUUUGCUUUUAGAAAAGUGUAAAAAUCCAAAUCAAAUCUCUAUAAUAGGUAGACACACAGAUUAGCGGAUAAGGCAAAGAGAAAGUUAGAAGAAACCAAAUAGUUGUGCUUUUUUAACAAGAAAAAAAAUCACACAUGUGAGCUAAAACAUUCAAGGUAUUCAAGGCUUUAUUUUCUAUUGCAUUACACAUCAUUGUCACUGAAUUAUGGCUCAGCUUUAACCGCACUCACCACCAACAUGAGGUCAUUUCCCAGAUAGCGAUUAGUGUCCAGUGUUUUUCCCUGAAACAGAGGGUGAGUGAGUGUAAUGGAGAUCAGGUCAAUGAUGUCUCAGAUAACCCCAGCAUGUAAUCCCGCCUCUGGAGCUCCACAGAUUUUAAUCUGGCACAAAAUAACAGUAAACAUUCUUCCUAGUUUAGAUGUGAGGCUUGAAAUAUGUUAUUUUGUAAGAAAAAAAAAAAAGCGCUUUAUUGAUCUGCCACUUCACUUCUUUUUAACUCAAGUGUUGAAUGUGAAUAGAUAUUUCCUGAAUGAGGGCUUUUAUUUUGACAGGAGGAAGGAGAGUAACACAUUGCCUGUAUUCUAUUUUGCAAAAAGACUAUGACGGUUUGUUAAUGUGAAUGAAUCAAAGCGGUGUUAUUCAGUAAAUUAUUAUUUCAACUAA